AUGUUUGCUAGGAGAAUAAAGUGUAAAGAUCAGAGGUGGGGAAAUGUGGUUCAGCAUGGCAAAGUUUUGAUUAGUUCUUACUGUCGAGAUCAAUGCGCUGCACUAUGUUCAACCCAUGCACCAAUAGCCCGGAAUUAUAGUUCUCAAGGUGAUGGAAGGAAUGCGAGUGAGGAUAAAAACACACCUGCCAAAGAUCUGACAGAUUGUGAUAAGGGAAAGAUUCCUAAGGAAAACAUUACAGAGAGUAUUAGGCAUUAUGAUGCACUUACUCGACUAGGGGAGCAAGAUGAAAAGGAGUGGCUGAAAAAUGAAAAGCAUGCCAUAGAGAAUGAAAAGAAGGAAUCCCCUUUUCUAACUAGAAGAGAAAGGUUUAAAAAAGAGUUUCUACGUAGGGUUGUCCCAUGGGAGAAAUUAAUGGUCUCAUGGUCUACAUUUCCUUAUCAUAUUAAGUAA